CCCUCCAACACGUCCUCCGCUCGGUUCUGUAUACAGGUUUUCUCGGUCGGUGAACAACGAACUGGACGCAAUGUCUCUCAUUUUGACCAUCUUUGCGCUUGUCUUCGUCUCUGAGCUCAUCUCAUGGAUCGGCAAGUCUGUCCUGCUCGCCUUUGCUUGGACGAUAUACCAGCGCAUCUUCAAUGGCGCGGCCGUCAUACGCCAACGUGAGCUAAAGACGGAACUGCUCGCGAAGAAGCAAGAGCUGCAGCAGACGAGCGCGCAGGACCAGUUCGCGAAGUGGGCGAGGUUGAGGAGGACAGUGGAUAAAGGGCUGCAGGAUCUUGAGAAGAUUAAUUCUGAGCUUAGCUCGUCUAAAUCAUCAUUCUCCAUGAAAUUCAACACCGCCCUUUGGGUCCUCACGACAGGUGUCCAAUUCAUCGUAGGCUGGUGGUACCGCUCCGCCGCCGUUUUCUAUCUCCCACCGACGUGGUUAGGUCCAUUGGCUUGGUUCCUCGCGUUCCCAUUCGCGCCUGCAGGCUCCGUGAGUUGUGGCGUGUGGCAGAUGGUGUGUCGGAGAGUUAUUAAAGUCGGUGAGAGGGUCGUCAAAGAUUUGAUGGCGGAUUCCGGUGCUUCCGCCGCACCUAUCGAGACCGAAACGGAGGAUCAGAGUUCCACCAACGGUACAGAGAAGGCGAAGACGAAGUCAAAAGCUCAAUGAGGACUAUGAACGGCGUUCCGUUACCUUGCCAUGGCUAGGUUGUGCGUUAAUACAACGGACGACUUAACGCGAUAUGACGUGUCUCGUCUCAUGUUCC